GGAAGGGGGCGGGAAAGAAUAGGACGCCCCAAACCUUAUGGUUGCUCAACCCUGUUGAACCCCUCCAAGGACCAAACCUACAAGAGAAACCGGACGGUUGUUUAGUUCCAUCACAAACCUCUUAGUGCCGUCUUUUAUUUUUGCUAGAACUGCCGUAAUCUGGAGAUCGGAGUUAACAUUAAGAACCCGCACCGGCGCGUUUCUCUUCUCUGUUACCGAUACCUAGUGUACUUUUUAGACUCUGUUUGAAGACAGAGCUAAUACACUUAGUUGAGGCUUGAUCAGGAUAAGUGAUAAGAGAGAGAGAGAGAUAGAGACUCCCAAGGACGUAACGAGUGGACCUUGGGCUGGGUCAAGGGUUAGAAGGGGGAUCGGCGGGCUCCGGCCGGCCGAUGGCAGUCUCUGCCAUGCCUUUGCUCCCUCAUUCUACUUCGUACGUCUUGGCGACUCCCUCACCGAGUCGCACGAACAGAGGAACAUACAGAGAGAGCGACGAUAUCAUAGAUGAUAGUGCGUAUCUGACAAAGUGUACCAAAGAUCUAGAGGUUGUUCCCCUUGCUCUGGGUUGUCCUUACCAACCACCACCACCUCCACCACCCAGACGUACAGACGUUUCCUCCUCCUGCUUUUCCCUUGCCCCUCCUUCCCCCUUCUCCAACGUAACCCUCCCACCACGACCCCGUACCCUUGCCGCCAAACCCCAGCCUGACCCAACCACCAGCAGUGCCGUAUCACCUGCCGGAAACUGGGGAAAGCAACAGACAACACUUUUGUGAGUGUGUGUGCUCUGUGAAUAGAAACAGCUAGCUAUCCGUACUCUGAGGGUAUUUCCCCUACCUGCCCAGUUUGAGAGCGCUCCUGGCUGUGAUGAACCUUUGGGCACAUGCUUCGAAACCCCCCUUGCCUAUCCUUUUUGACCUUGAACCUGCACUGCAACUACGCAGUAGACUCUCUCACCCAUCCAUCAACCCCUC